GACAAGUGAGAGACCGACGACCGUUCGGCGGCGUUCUAUUCCCUUCCCCUCUCAGUAUCUUACUUCUCCACUGUUUCAGGUGCUCUAUGACCAGUGGAGGGACGUCUCUUACUGUGACAUGCGAUUUCAUGUUCUCGGAAUUGGAUCUAUUGGCUCUCUCAUAUCUCACCACCUACGUCGGGUCCUGCCAUCCACACACACUAUCACUCUUAUUCAUAAAACCCUUCGUCAAGCACGAGAUGUUCAGGACAGCGGAGGAAUUAUUCGCGUCGAAGCAUCAGGAGUACUCGAAAACGCGUCGGGGUUCAAGUCGGAAUUGUUCGAUGGAGUGGCGGCCAGGCCCAGGAUACGGUCCAAGAUGCAAUCAUCAGAGAAUCCCUAUACAGACAUCCAAAAGGAGGGCGGUGACGACGGAGUGCACGAAAACAGUAUUGAAUCCCUGUUUGUCACAGCGAAAGCACACCAGACACUUCCCGCGCUCCGAAAACUUUCUCCCCGGCUCUCGCCCAACUCAACCAUUAUCCUCAUGCAGAACGGUAUGGGUGUCUACGAAGAACUCAUCCAAGAAGUCUUCCGCAAUCCAAUAUCCAGACCCCACUUCAUCCUCGCAUCCAACACACAUGGUGUACACUCCAAAUCUCCAUUUAAUGUCAUCCACGCAGGGAAAGGCGAAAUCCGAUUUGGCAUCGUCCCAGAUUCUGCGGGAAGAAACUUCGAAGCGGAAUUUCAAAACUAUUCUAUCCCCACACCCGAUCGACGCGGUAGACUGGCGGACAUCGUCGAGUCGGAAGAUGACCCUCACUUUGCGCGAUACAGAAGCUUGCGAAAUUCGGUGGCUGCACUCGUGCUCAUGGACGCGCUCAAUACGACGUGGUGUCCGAUGGAAGAGGUACAGAUCGCCAUGAGACGAAAAUUGGUGGUUAAUUCCGUCAUCAAUCCGCUUACGAGCAUCAUGGGAUGUAGAAAUGGAGAAUUAUUCCAGACGAAAGCCGCGCAUGGGGUGAUGCGGUCAGUUUGUCGCGAAGCUGCACAAGCUUUUGCUGCUGAAGCAGCCGCGAAGGCACUGGAACGCAGAAAGUCUGUAGAGAACGAUUUGACGGUCCCACCAUCCUUUGUAUCCCGACUGUUGCAGGCUGAUUUCUUGGAACAAGAAUGUCUGCGUGUCGCAGAGGCAACGAAGUUCAAUAUCUCCUCGAUGUUGGCUGACAUUCGCAAGGGUGCCACUAACACGGAGGUAAAUUACAUGAAUGGUUAUCUCUUGAAACUUGGAAAGAAAUAUGGUGUCCGGUUGCCGACGACUCUAACUCUUUGGCGGAUGAUACACAUGCGAACUUCCAUCCCACUGGAUAAAUUGUUCUAGGAUUAUUAAACGAGAGUCGAGGCACUGUAAUGGUUAUCGUAAUAAAUACCCCUCCACUGAUUCGAAUCCAUACCGGUAAAGUACGAGGAAGUUUCC